AUGGCAGCCACCGCCACCACCACAUCAUCAUCGCCGGCGGCGGAGGAGACGGCAGCAAGAGAGUGGGCGUGGCUCCCCUGCAACGUCCUCGACUCUGUACUUUCCCACCUCAUCUCCUUACAAGACUACCGCCGAUUCACCUCCGUGUGCAAGCCGUGGAAUUCGACAGCCCAAUCCCACAUACGACGCCGCAUCGCCACCAGCCAGAACCAACUUCCCCUGUUAUUGGUCCCAACACAGAACCGCAGCUGCCGGCGGCGAAGCCUGUACAGCUUCGCGGCAAACAAGCUCCUAAUUAACCAAAGCUGGCUCGCCUUCUUGGGGAAGGACUAUUUCGUCGCCCUCUACAACCCUUUCACCAAAGCUCGAAUCUUUCUCCCCCAAAUCAUCCCUUCCCCUGACUACAUCAAAACGCUCAUCGAUCGCGCCAAGCACGAUCGACAUUUCGCGUACAAUGUCAGGAAAUUGAUCCUAUCGGCCGACCCUUCCAUCUCCCCCGACGGCGAUUUCAUCGUCGCCGCUGUUCUCGGCGAGUUUGGAACUCUGGCCGUGAUGAAAACAGGGGAGAAAGAAUGGAAGCACGUUAAAAAAGACAAAUUGUACCCUGUGACGGGCGGCGGGGGCUAA